AUGUGGGACUUGGAUGCCAUCAGCCAUUACUUUACAGAUGCUAUUACCAGAAUCUGUUUCAAAUACUUUCAAGGCAGUUCUGGAGAAGAAAUUGCUUGUACACCUUCUGCUAUUGUACGGAAUCCCCGGGCAUCAAUUAGGAGUGAUAAAAAUGGCAACUUAUCCAAUGAAAUGCAGCAACGCCUGAAAAUUGUCGUGUCAGAUGUAGAAGCUACCAAUCUGAAGAAGGGAAUAUUUUUCAAUCCCGAUCCCUACAUUAAGAUGGUGGUGCAUCCAGGACGCUCUCUGGCCCAGUUUCCUCAUCACAGCAAGCCAGUUCGAACACCAAUUGAAUCAAAUACUACCAACCCAAGAUGGGAGGGACAGGUUUUUACCUUGGACGCCAUUGCUUCUGAUACAAUUGAAUUUGAAGUUAAAGAUAAAUUCGCCAAGAGUCGCCCAACCAUAAUCCGUUUUUUAGGACGUGCUGAGCUUGUUCUGUCAUCUUUUUUUCUUUAUUCGUUUUCUCCUUUUCAUUUAUAUCUUUCCUUUCCUCUCACUCUCUCUCCCGUCUUUCCUUUCCUCUGGCUCUCUCUCUCUCUCCCGUCUUUCCUUUCCUCUGGCUCUCUCUCUCUCUCCCGUCUUUCCUUUCCUCUGGCUCUCUCUCUCUCUCCCGUCUUUCCUUUCCUCUGGCUCUCUCUCUCUCUCUCCCUUUCCUUCCUCUUCUCUCUCUUUCCUUUCUCUCUCUCUCCCUCCUUUCCUUUCCUCUGGCUCUCUCUCUCUCCCCAUCUUUUCCUUUCCUCCGUCUCUGGCUCUCUCUCUCUCCCGUCUUUCCUUUCCUCUGGCUCUCUCUCUCUCUCCCUUCUUUCCUUUCCUCUCUCUCUCUCUCUCUCCGUCUUUCCUUUCCUCUGGCUCUCUCUCUCUCUCUCCCCGUCUUUCCUUUCUCUAGCUCUCUCUCUCUCUCUCUCCCGUCUUUCCUUUCCUCUGGCUCUCUCUCUCUCUCUCCCGGCUCUCUCUCUCUUCCAUCUUUCCUCUGGCUCUCUCUCUCUCUCUCCCGUCUUUCCUUUCCUUUCCUCUCUCUCUCUCUCUCUCUCUCUCCCGUCUUUCCCUUUUCCUUUCCUCUGGCUCUCUCUCUCUCUCCCGUCUUUCCUUUCUCUGGCUCUCUCUCUCUCUCUCCUCCCGUCUUUCUUUCCUCUGGCUCUCUCUCUCUCUCUCCGUCUUUCCUUUCCUCUGGCUCUCUCUCUCUCUCCCGUCUUUCCUUUCCUCUGGCUCUCUCUCUCUCUCCCGUCUUUCCCUUUCCUCUGGCUCUCUCUCUCUCUCUCCCCGUCUUUCCUUUCUCUCUCUCUCUCUCCGUCUUUCCUUUCCUCUGCUCUCUCUCUCUCUCCGUCUUUCCUUUCCUCUGGCUCUCUCUCUCUCUCUCCGUCUUUCCUUUCCUCUGGCUCUCUCUCUCUCUCUCCCGUCUUUCCUUUCUCUGGCUCUCUCUCUCUCUCCCGUCUUUCCUUUCCUCUUCUCUCUCUCUCUCCGUCUUUCCUUUCCUCUGCUCUCUCUCUCUCUCCCGUCUUUCCUUUCCUCUGGCUCUCUCUCUCUCUCCCGUCUUUCCCUUUCCUCUGGCUCUCUCUCUCUCUCUCCCGUCUUUCCUUUCCUCUGGCUCUCUCUCUCUCUCUUUUCCCCCUCUUUCCUCUUUCUCUCCCGUCUUUCCUUUCCUCUCUCUCUCUCUCUCCCGUCUUUCCCCUCAGGCUCUCUCUCUCUCUCUCCCGUCUUUCCUUUCUCUCUCUCUCUCUCUCUCUCCCGUCUUUCCUUUCCUCUGGCUCUCUCUCUCUCUCUCCGUCUUUCCUUUCCUCUCUCUCUCUCUCUCUCCCACUCAGUCUUUCCUUUCCCUCUGGCUCUCUCUCUCUCUCUCUCCCGUCUUUCCUUUCCUCUCUGGCUCUCUCUCUCUCCUCUCCCUCUCUUUCCCCCCUCUCUCUCUCUCUUUCCUUUCCUCUGGCUCUCUCUUUCCCUUUCCUCUCUCUCUCUCUCUCCGUCUUUCCUUUCCUCUGCUCUCUCUCUCUCUCCCCGUCUUUCCUUUCUCUCUCUCUCUCUCCCCUCUCUCUCUCUCUCUCCCGUCUUUCCUUUCCUCUGGCUCUCUCUCUCUCUCCCCGUCUUUCCUUUCCUCUGGCUCUCUCUCUCUCUCCCGUCUUUCCUUUUCCUCUAGCUCUCUCUCUCUCUCCCCGUCUUUCCCUCCUCUGGCUCUCUCUCUCUCUCUCCCGUCUUUCCUUUCCUCUGGCUCUCUCUCUCUCUCUCCCGUCUUUCCCUUUCCUCUUCUCUCUCUCUCUCUCUCUCCGUCUUUCCUUUCCCUCUCUCUCUCUCUCUCUCCCGUCUUUCCCUUCCUCUGGCUCUCUCUCUCUCUCUCUCGUCUUUCCUUUCCUCUGGCUCUCUCUCUCUCUCUCUCCCGUCUUUCCUUUCCUCUCUCUCUCUCUCUCUCUCCCGUCUUUCCUUUCCUCUUCUCUCUCUCUCUCCGUCUUUUUCCUUUCUCUCUCUCUCUCUCUCUCUCCCGUCUUUCCCUUUCUCUGGCUCUCUCUCUCUCUCUCCGUCUUUCCUUUCUCUGGCUCUCUCUCUCUCUCUCCCGUCUUUCCCUUUCCUCUAGCUCUCUCUCUCUCUCUCCCGUCUUUCCUUUCCUCUGGCUCUCUCUCUCUCUCCUCUCCCUGUCUUUCCCUCUCCGUUUUCCUCUGGCUCUCUCUCUCUCUCUCCCGUCUUUCCUUUCCUCUCUCUCUCUCUCUCUCUCUCCCGUCUUUCCGCUCUCUCUCUCUCUCUCUCUCUCUCCGUCUUUCCCGUUCCUCUCUCUCUCUCUCUCUCCCGUCUUUCCUUUCUCUCUCUCUCUCUCUCUCUCUCCCGUCUUUCCUUUCCUCUGGCUCUCUCUCUCUCUCUCCCGUCUUUCCUUUCCUCUGGCUCUCUCUCUCUCUCUCCCGUCUUUCCUUUCCUCUCUCUCUCUCUCUCUCUCUCCGUCUUUCCUUUCCUCUGGCUCUCUCUCUCUCUCUCCCCGUCUUUCUCUUUUUCCUCGCUCUCUCUCUCUCUCUCCGUCUUUCCUUUCCUCUGGCUCUCUCUCUCUCUCUCUCUUUCCCUUUCCUCUCUUUCUCUUUCCCGUUCUCUCUCUCUCUCUCUCUCUCUCUCCCCGUCUUUCCCCUUUCCUCUCCGCUCUCUCUCUCUCUCUCCCGUCUUUCCUUUCCUCUCUCUCUCUCUCUCUCUCUCCCACUCUCUUUCCUUUCCUCUUCCUUUCUCUCUCUCUCUCUCCCGUCUUUCCUUUCCUCUGGCUCUCUCUCUCUCUCCCGUCUUUCCUUUCACCUCUCUCUCUCUCUCUCUCUCCCGUCCCGUUCCUCUUUCUCUUCUCUCUCUCCGUCUCUCUCUCUCUCCUCUCUUUCCACGUCUUUCCCUUUCCUCUGGCUCUCUCUCUCUCUCUCUCCGUUUUCCCUUUCCUCUCUCUCUCUCUCUCUCUCUCCUCUCCCUCUUUCUUUCCCUUUCUCUCUCUCUCUCUCUCUCUCCCGUCUUUCCUUUUCCUCUGGCUCUCUCUCUCUCUCUCUCUCCGUCUUUCCUUUCCUCUGGCUCUCUCUCUCUCUCUCCCGUCCCGUUCCCUUUCCUCUGGCUCUCUCUCUCUCUCUCCCGUCUUUCCUUUCCUCUGGCUCUCUCUCUCUCUCUCCCGUCUUUCCCUUUCCUCUCUCUCUCUCUCCCGCUCUCUCUCUCUCUCUCUCCCCCGUCUUUCCUUUCCUCUCUCUCUCUCUCUCUCUCCAUCCCUUCUUUCUCUUUCCUCUGUCCCUCUCUCUCUCUCUCUCGUCUUUCCCCUUUCCUCUCCUCUCUCUCUCUCUCUCUCCCAUCUUUCCUUUCCUCCUGGCUCUCUCUCUCUCUCUCCCGUUCUUUCCUUUCCUCUCUCUCUCUCUCUCUCUCUCUCUCUCCCUCUCUCUCUCCCUUUUCCCUCUCUCUCUCUCUCUCUCUCCCGUCUUUCCUUUCCUCUGGCUCUCUCUCUCUCUCCCGUCUUUCCUUUCCUCUGGCUCUCUCUCUCUCUCUCCCGUCUUUCCUUUCCUCUGGCUCUCUCUCUCUCUCUCCCGUCUUUCCUUUCCUCUGGCUCUCUCUCUCUCUCUCCCGUCUUUCCUUUCCUCUGGCUCUCUCUCUCUCUCUCUCCCGUCUUUCCUUUCCUCUGGCUCUCUCUCUCUCUCUCUCCCGUCUUUCCUUUCCUCUGGCUCUCUCUCUCUCUCCCGUCUUUUCCUUUCCUCUGGCUCUCUCUCUCUCUCUCCCGUCUUUCACUUCCUUUCUGGCUCUCUCUCUCUCUCUCCCGUCUUUCCUUUCCUCUGGCUCUCUCUCUCUCUCUCCCGUCUUUCUCUCUUUCCUCCUCUGGCUCUCUCUCUCUCUCUCCCGUCUUUCCUUUCCUCUGGCUCUCUCUCUCUCUCUCUCCCGUCUUUCCUUUCCUCUUUCCUCCCUAGCUCUCUCUCUCUCUCUCCUCUCUCUUUUCCCUUUCCUCUGGCUCUCUCUCUCUCCCGUCUUUCCUCCUCCGUCUUUCUCUUUUCCUCUGGCUCUCUCUCUCUCUCCGUCUUUCCCUUUCCUCUGGCUCUCUCUCUCUCUCUCCCGUCCCUUUCCUCUGGCUCUCUCUCUCUCUCUCCCCCCUUUCCUUCCUUUCCUCUGGCUCUCUCUCUCUCUCUCCGUCUUUCCUUUCCUCUCCUCUCUCUCUCUCUCUCUCUCCCGUCUUUCCCUUUCCUCUGGCCUCUCUCUCUCUCUCCGUCUUUCCUUUCCUCUGGCUCUCUCUCUCUCUCUCCCCGUCUUUCCUUUCCUCUGGCUCUCUCUCUCUCUCUCUCCCGUCUUUCCCUUUCCUCUGGCUCUCUCUCUCUCUCUCCCGUCUUUCCCUUCUCUCCUCUCUCUCUCUCUCUCUCUCUCUCUUUCUCCCGUCUUUCCUUUCCUCUGGCUCUCUCUCUCUCUCCGUCUUUCCUUUCCUCUGGCUCUCUCUCUCUCUCUCCCGUCUUUCCUUUCCUCUGGCUCUCUCUCUCUCUCUCCCGUCUUUCCUUUCCUCUGGCUCUCUCUCUCUCUCUCUCUCCCGUCUUUCCUUUCCUCUGGCUCUCUCUCUCUCUCUCUCCUUUCCUCUGGCUCUCUCUCUCUCUCUCCGUCUUUCCUUUCCCCCUCCUCCCUCUCUCUCUCUCUCCCGUCUUUCCUUUCCCCCUCUCCCCUCCUCUCUCUCUCUCUCUCUCCCGUCUUUCCUUUCCCCCUCCUCUCUCUCUCUCUCUCUCUCUCUCUUUCCUUUCCCCCCUCCCUCCCUCUCUCUCUCUCUCCCGUCUUUCCUUUCCUUUCCCCCUCCUCCUCUCCCGUCUCUCUCUCCCGUCUUUCCUUUCCCCCUCCCUCCCCCUCUCUCCCUCUCUUUCUUAUGGUAUCUUGGGAAAGUUACUACUUAGCUGUCAUAUUCAAAUCAAGUUUUAG